CCUGAACAAACACAGGUCAGCACAACCUGACAGUCAGGCUGCUCCCUGGACCUGAGCUGAGGAGGACGUGAGGAGGACGUGAGGAGGACGUGAGGAGGACGUGAGGAGGACGUGAAGAGGAGGAAAUGGAGCAAUGAGCAAAUGAGCUGUUGCACAGACGGAGCGAUGAGCACAGCAGCAGAGACGGAGCAGGUGGAGUCUGGAGGCUCGGCAGAGGACCAGAAGGAAGACAGUCCAAAACAACCAAAGUCCAGACCAGGCCCUGAAUUCCUCAGUCUGACUCGCUGCGCCGCCUGCUACAAUGAAAAGGCGAGCUCCAUGCUUCGUUGGGGGGACGAAGGUGAGUCCAGCACCUCAGCUGAAGACUCCGGCCCAGAGGUGGACUGGGAGUCCAGCUCCAGCAGCAGCAGCAGCAGCAGUGAAGGCUGCUCUGAGCCGGCUUUAUCAGAAACACUUGGGAAUCCGUCACCAGUUUCUGGAGACGCUGCUGAAGCUGAACGUGGAGGAAAAGAUGGUGACGGAGAGGUGACAGAGAGCCAGGAGGAUAAAAACAAGAAAAUGACUCAAAGAGCUCGACUCGUCAAGUCUUCCUCCCUGCCCCAAUCCCCUGUUCCUCACCUCACCCCUCUGUCCCUCCUGCCACGCCCUCAUACAGUCGUCUCCACCCUCCAGCUGCAGGUGCUGUCCCAGAAACACGAUGACGACGGCAACGACGACACCUUCCUCAUCGUCAAACAGCAGCUGUCUGGGAGAGAGGAGGAGGAGGAGAAAACAGGGGAGAGUAAGGGAGGAAGGCAGGAAGGAAUCAACAGCGUGAGGCCUCCACAACCGUUUCAGUGGCAGCAGACGGGGUUGCCGUGGCAACAGUGGUCACAACCAACACUGCAGCAACACCAGCUGUCAUACCAGCAACAACCCCAACACUUUCCUCCCCUCUCAGCUCAGUGUCAAAGGUUACCACCACCCUCACACACACUUCCUGUCCCUCACCUCCCGAUGCUCCACCCACCACGACAGGCCCUGAAUGCACCCCACAGGAAUCUGCAUGCACCCACUCCACAGCCCUGCUGGUGCUGCCACAGCAUGCACCUUCCUCACGUGUACCACAGUCAAUAAAUAUGUGCACAUGUACGAUAAAAGAUGUGUUUAAUAAAAAUGUUUGUACAAGAACCUUACGUACACUCCAGUUUUGUAGCUUGAAGAAAAUGUCAUAAUUUUUUCUUGUCGUGUUUGUUUUGAUUUACUGACGUUAAAGUGACAACAACCUGCACUGUAGCUGCACGGUGCUGUAACUAGCUGCAGCAAACAAAGCUACAGAGCGCAGGUAAAUUUAAACAACACUAACACAUCAAGUGGCAGUGAGGCCAACACCUGCAGUUCUUUGAACAGCCACUUGAGGCUCCAGUAAAUCUCCACAGACAUGUUCAAAUGUUAAAUUCACAGCAGCCCACAGCUGAUCACAAAAUUCCUGACAACUGUCCAACAGGUGAAUUUUCCAUAUAACUCACCUGUUUACAUUUAAUUAAGGCUUAACCCUAUGGGCCCUAGGCGUUUUUGGGGUAUUUUUACUGCCUUUACUUUUAAGCUCAUAUCACAGUCAUUAUAAAGGCUACAUACACAUGCUAUAUCUUGUUUUUUUCAGGACAAUCUGGGCUAACCAGAUUUGCCAUCAUUUCAUGUUCUUCUAU